GCUGACAUACAAAAAACGUACGGGAGUUUUUGCUUGUGCUUGUUUGACCCAACGGACAAUAAUUGAAUUCGCGUUUAUUGUUGAGUUAGUGUUACGAUUAUGAUGGCUGUCAAUUAAAAUAAAAACCGAAAACAACGCGAUCGGUUUUUUUGUUCGAAAUAAAUGAUUCAUUCUCCAUUACAAUAUAUUUCCACAUCAAUUAUUAAUAAAUAAUGGAUAUAAGAAUAAUUGCCAUAGUUUUACUGACUUUUUUAUAUGGUCUACAAGUGUUAGGAAAUGUCAUUGAGCGUAACGAACUCGAAGAGAAAAGAUUUCAAGCAUGGUUUGAUGAUUUUACACAAAACUAUAAUUCUAAUAACCUACAGCCAUAUCCAUCAACAAAUUCAAAACACAUACAACGUAUUUAUAAAAAAUCUAAAAAGCAAACAUUUGUUCCAAGUUAUCCAGAGAAAUUUAACGCUCCAUUACCAAUAUAUCCAUUUUUUUUGAAUCCUCAAUAUCAAGAAACUAUUUACACCGACUACGUACCUUUACAGUAUAAUACAGCCACACAUUUAAUACCUGUGCCAGAAUUAGUGUAUCCACAAGAGGAAAGUCACCACCGUGUUAUUAUACCUUUCAAUAACCCUUAUCCUAUUCUUUAUGGACAUUCAACAGUAUCAGAGGGUUUAAAACCUGAUGAUUACUUUACAUCAGUAGAUACUACACACAUUCCAAUAACUAAUCCUAAUAUACAUUGCCCUUAUGACAUAAAUAAUGGCGAUAGUAUUGAACUAUUGCAUACUAUUAAUAAUAAUUCAGGAGAAAAUGGUGACGAACAUGCAGAAAAUAACGUUCAUUUACAAAUAUUGGAACCUAUAAAAAAACCUACUCAUGUUGGAAUUGAGUCAAAUGAAAAUUUCAAUAACUAUGACAAACAAAAACCAGUAAAAGAUUUAAAAAUUAUUGAAAAUACUCCAUCCCCCGAUAAAAUUGAAAUACCAUUGAUAUCAAAUAUUAAUGAAAACCACGAAGAAAUUGGAAGUCAAGUAGAAGAAAACCAUGUUCACCCACAAGUAGUGUUAUCAAGUUCAGAAAAACCUAUACCAGAGGAAUUUACCAUUAAAAAUCAGGAAAACAAGCCAAUUACUACUCAAGAUGGCAAAAUAAUUAACAUUUCUCAAAAUAUUUCACCUAAUGAAGAACAUGUACAGCCGUCCAAUAUAGUUGAAGUAAAUAUUCCAACUCCAUCUCCAACAAUUAACAAAUAUACUUUGGGACCAAAUUUAUUUAAUAUACAGACUACACAAAAUAUACAUGAUCAUUUAAAUAUUGGAGAAAAUGACAAAUUAGAUGUAAGAUUUCCUAUAAUAAAUAUUCCUUUAUCAGAAAAUUUAGUUCAAAAUUCAAAAACUACAGAAGUGCCUUAUGAUUUAAAACAAAAUACAAUACAAAUAUCAAAUGUAAAAGAAAAACUUCCAGAAACAAACACAAAUGUUGCAGAAGCAUUAAAUAAAAUCAUAAAAUCCGACUUCAAACCUGAAACAGAAUUUUCAAACACUGAUGGAAAAUAUGAUGUUGGCGUAUUUUUGUCAACAAUAUCAUCUUUACCUAAAAUUCAAGAAACAACAACAUUUUCCUCUUUACCAUCGGUUACUACAAAAAUAAUAGAUGAAAAAGAUUAUUUAGAAAAUAAUAGACAAAAAGCAAACGACGAAGAUGAUUUAUCCGAUUUAUCAAUUUUAAUUCCUUCAUCUACUUCGUCGAGUAUAUUUCCAUAUUACCAAUCACCACAAACAGAGGACAGUAUAACAGAAUCCUCUGAAUUUUCAACUUUAACACCUUCCACACAAGCAACAUAUUACUUUUCAGUACCUCAAGAAUUUAGUAAGGUUUAUACUUUCAGCUCCACUACAACAGAUGAAACUACUUCAGUUCCUACUAUAUCUUCAAAUCAAUAUUACAGCACUGAACAUUUUAAGUCAGCUGAAGCGUUACAGAUUUCGAGCCUUAAAAAAGAAAUUAUUAAUAAUUCUUCAUCAAAUAAAAAUACACACGAAUCAAACAUAAGCAGUUAUAAAGACACAGUACAGCCAUUGGAAAACUCAGAUGAUCACGAUGACACCGAUGACUCUGAUGACUCCGAUGACUCCGAUGACUCCGGUGACUCUGAUGGCCGAAUAGAGCAAAAAUUAUCUAAUCCUACUUUAUCACCUGAAUGCCAAUCAUCUCAAAAUAGUAAAAAUAACGAUAACUCAUGUUAUAAUAAUGAGUAUAUGAUUGGUCGAUCUAGUGGUCAUUCAAGACUAUCAGCAAAAAUACCAAAAUUAAUAAUACCAACGAAAAUUAAACCACCAUUACACGUUUUACCCAAACACAUUCUACCUAAAAUACAUCCAAAACUACAUCAUAUUGGUCGAGAUUCAGAAGACAAUGAAGAUAGAGAUGAGCAUAAUACAGAAUCACCCGAAAUUGAUGAGAUUAACACAGCAAAGUUAUACACUACAGUAUCGAAACAAUAUACACCAAACAAUCACGGCACGCCAGAACAAAUAGAAAUUCUAUUGAAAAAAUUAUCCAAAUACUUCAAACCUGAAUACGAAAGCCAAAUUUUGACAAAACAAAAUAACUUACGAAUGUUGUCCCAUCCAGAAGAUAAAGAAUUAGUUAUAAUUCUACCGUGGGUAUUGUCAGAACCAUAUAAAAAUUUGGCACAAAAAAAACAAAUAGAAAUUAUUAAUUACAAUGGGACUGAAUAAAAAAAUUGAUAAAUCAUGUGAAAAUAUUUUUUAUGCAAAAUGUUUUUAUAAAAAAAUAAAAAAAUCAUUUCAUUUUA